AUGGAGAGAAAUCUGGGAAUUGGUGUGAGAAGGGAAGAGAUGGAAGCUGCCGAAUUAAACUUUUAUGAAAUGGAGAAUCAUCAAUCCUUAAUCAAUUUUCUCCUCGAACCCAUCCCGGAAAAUCCAAACUCCUCCGCCUCCGUCACAAUCCCUCGCACAAUCUCAACCACCUCCUUCUUCCACGAAAUCGUCCACACCAUGAACACAUGGUCGAAGACGAAACAAACCCAGAUUUCUAUUUCACCAAUCCUCCUCGACUACUUCAUCAAACUCGUACAGCUCAAUACUUUGGAAUCCAGACUCAUCCUUUAG